GCUUCGAGUAACUCUUUUUCUUGUCCGGAUUUUGCUUGCUUAAGAAUUUAAUCUAAUUCGUUGUAGUCUAAUGGUAGUCAUUGAUUUCGUUAACAGGUUGCUUAAGAAAUUCUCUAUUUAGAUCAGAAUUUCUAGCAAAGAUGAUUGCGAGUUUAACUUCCAAGGGUUCAAUUGUGGGUCGUUUGAUGUUCGGUGGCCUUGGCAACAAUUCUCAUAGCUUAUUGGGAACUUCGUAUGAGAUGGUGAGGAUGACAUGUAGCGAUUUCUUAUCCCAGCAGCAUAGAACGUUCAUACAGAUGAGGACGAACCUGAAAGUAGUGGAUAAUUCGGGGGCGAAGCGGGUGAUGUGCAUACAAGCUCUGAAGGGGAAGAAAGGAGCAAGAUUAGGAGACACAAUUAUAGCAUCAGUAAAGGAAGCCCAGCCUCGGGGCAAAGUGAAGAAAGGAGAUGUUGUAUAUGGUGUAGUUGUGCGUGCUGCUAUGCAGAGGGGCCGUUGUGAUGGGAGUGAGAUCAAGUUUGACGACAAUGCAGUUGUUCUUGUCAACAAGCAAGGAGAGCCAAUUGGAACUCGGGUAUUUGGACCUGUCCCACAUGAGUUGAGGAAAAAAAAGCAUGUUAAAAUUCUCACUUUAGCAGAGCAUAUUGCUUGACGAGAAGCUUCUGAGAUGUAUAAUGGAGAUGUCAUCGAUGCCAUACCAACACCGAGACCCACAAAAAUACGACCAAUGAUCAGUAGAGCUGGGUUGGGAGCAGAGGCCAUGACAAUAGCUCC